AUUCGAAAGGCUGGAUUGGCUGAAGGAGACAAGACGUGAUGGAAUUAUCAAAAGAAUGGAGGCGGUGGCAGCAGCGUUCGGGCAGAUAAAUAACCACAAAGAGCUCCAAAUGCUAUGAUAAUUUUUUUCCAGUAGUAAACCUGGCUGGGAUAAUGGAAUAUGACUUCAAUCCAUUGACCACAAUUCCUGAGAGUCACAUUAAGAAUUCAGUGACAUUUGAAGAUGUGGCUGUGUAUUUCACAGAGGACCAGGGGGCUCUGCUGGAUCGAAAACAGAGAACUUUGUAUGAAGAUGUCAUGGUGGAAAAUUACGGGAUUGUGACCUCACUGGGUUUUCUAGUCCUCAAGCCUACCCUUAUCUCUCAGAUAGAGCGUGGGGAGGAGCCGUGGCUGCCAGAAACCCCCAAAUUGGACGAUACAAAGAUAUCUUACACCAAUGCAGAUGAUUCUGUGGAAAGCAGCUUGUCUCUUUCGCUGCACGGCAAAUACUACAAUGAGGCACACCAGAAACACCUUGUGGGAAAGGAGUCCUUCCUGUGUGAGACCUGUGGGAACUCUUUUACUUGCUGGCCGGGCCCUGCAACGACACCGGGAAAGCUCCCCGCAGAGAGACCUUAUGAAUGCAUGGAGUGUGAGGAACAGGCUCAGCGAUUUUCUACCUUCACGGACCACUGGCGGAUGAACCCAGAAGAAGAGGCUUAUGAAUGCCUAGACUGUAGGGGGAGUUUCCCAUGGUCCUCUGCUCUCAUCACGCACUGUCAGGACAGGGUUGCCGAUGGGGACCACCACGUGUGUCUGGAAUGCGGGAAGUGUUUUGCUCAUGCGUUGGGCCUUUCAAGCCACCAGAAGGUCCACCUCCAAGAGAAACAACCUAAAUGUCUGCAGUGCGGGGAACAUUUUGCCGACCACCCGGCCUUCGUGAGGCACCAGAGAGCCCACACGGGCAAGAAACCCUACAAGUGCCUCCAGUGUGGGAAGUGUUUCGCGGACAGGUCCCACGUGGUGGCUCACCAGAGGAUUCACAGAGGGAUGAACCCCUUCAAAUGCUCCGAGUGUGGGGAGUGUUUCGACCAGCAUUCGACCCUCGUGAGUCACUGGAUGGUCCACACGGGAGAACAACCCUACGAGUGCCUGGAGUGUGGCAAAUGUUUUCCUCGGCCCUCGUCUCUCGUGAAGCACUGCCGCAUCCACACAGCUGAGAAACCUUACACCUGCUUGGAGUGUGGGAAAUUCUUUGCCCAGCGGUCAGGCCUGGUCAAACAUCAGCGCAUCCACACGGGAGAGAAGCCUUAUGUGUGCUCGGAGUGUGGGAAAUGUUUUUCGGACAGCUCCUCCCUCGCCAGGCACAAAAGGGUUCACACGGGGGAGAAGCCCUACGCGUGUUCCGAGUGUGGGAAAUGCUUUUCAGACCGAUCCAACGUCUUGGCUCACAAGCGAGUCCACACGGGGGAGAAACCUUACAAAUGCUUGGAGUGCGGGAAGUGCUUCACUCACCGGUCGCACAUUGUGAAACACCAGAAAUUUCACAUGAAGGAGAAAGUCUCAAAAUACCAGCCGCCCCUGGGAAAAACCACACAAACAUCACCACGUCCUAAAACAGUCAAACAUGAACUACUCUGAGCCUUCUGAAGGACAUUUAUAUUUCCUGAACAGUGAGAUUUGGGCGCAUGAUUCUCAGUUCUGGCUUUGCACUAUUGCAGUGCAUUUGAUCUCUAAUAAAACUAUAUACCU